ACAAAGCCGAACCGUUUGCCGAAUGUAAUAAGAAGAAUAAUAAUACAUGCACACAAACGAGUUUGGCUUUACGUGAGGGGUGGAAAAGUAUUCUUUAAUGGUUACAAAGCAGAUUCCAAACAUGAACGAGUCGUUCACAAUUGUGUAGCCGAAUCGGCUCAAAAGUCGUCGUAAACAGAGAUGAGUUCGAACGCAGUCGUUGGCAACGUUCAGUACAUUUGUGCAUGCGGACGCGAGCGGUUACGGAAUGCAGAAAAAAAUAAAUAUUAAGAAGCUAAUAAAAGAAGUAGAAGUUCGACCAGCGUUAUGGAAUAUGAAUAAAAAAGAAUAUAGUGAUAAAGUUAAGAGGAAGGAAUGUUGGGAACAAAUUGCAGCUAUUUUCUCUGAUCCUGUAAUGACAACGGACGAAAAGAAAAAAUUAGAGGAAUUGUUGCACAAAAAAUGGAAGAAUAUUAGAGACAGAUUUGCACGAGACAUUUCGAGCAAGAAAAGGAAGUAUAGAGAUAAAUCUGAAUGUAAAUCGCCUUAUAUGUUUACAGAACAGUUGCAAUUUUUAAGAGAGGUUGUUAUUUCUAAAAGAAAAGCAAAGUCCCACACGACACAGAACGAGGAUGAGGAACAUAUAGUUAAUACACAUCCAAAAAAUCCAAACCAAUAUUCCCUUGAAGAAAGUGCUUUCAGUACUGAAGAAAACAAACACAAAGAAUUGCAAAAAGAUGACAACUAUCAUUUUUUACUGUCUUUGUUGCCGAGUCUCUCCGGGUUGACAAAAGCUCUAAAUCUGAAUUGCAGGAUUGAACUAAUGCAGAUUGUCGCUAAGUAUGUCUCUGUGUCUCGGGAAACAGUGCCUGGAAUAGCGAGAUAUGGACCAAUAAUUGAAAGUAGUUCACAACGCAAUCACAACCAUUUGAUGCAAUUUAAGGCAUUACAAGCAACACAUUCUGGAACCGAAGACUUAGAUGAUGAUGCAGAAUCGGAUAUAUAUGACAUUAAUAUUAAAAACGAAACCAAUUUAUAGUCCUAACUUAUAUAAGUAUGUAUGUAAAAACUUAUAGUAUUUCAAAUUCUUUAAAUAAGUUUAACACAGACACUGCAAAAAUACAUAUUCAAUUUAUUUGUUAACCUUUCUUAAUAACUAAAUAGAUGGUUGUAAUUGUAGACUACGAAUAUGAUUAAAUAUUGUUUAACAUUAUGAUAUGAUUACACUUAUACUUGUCGAACUUCUUUAGGAUAUUUUAUAUGGGUAUUGUAUAGAUUUUUUACGGAAAAUGUAACAUUUUGCUACAUAUAAGUCGAGUUAAGUAUAACAGUCUAAAAAUAGUAUUAAGUAUACAAACAAAAGGUUUAAUAAUUAAAAAAAAAAUUAGUAAUUGUUGCAGUAUGGUAUGCAGGUACCCAUGUAAAAUCACUACUUAUUUUGUUACCAAACCCAUAUUUUUUUCACAUUUUCCACUACGUUAUCGGUACAACUGCAGGGCCACAAUAAUGUACGAAAGGCGUUCACAUAAUAUUCUCGUACAUCACACAAUUGGAACUGUGUUGUCCAGGUAUUUUUGCCCAGCUUUGCGAGAUGCAUUUGGAUUAUUUACAGUUGUGUCAAAAUUCAGUGCAGUCCAUUUUAAAUAGCUGCAAUCAUAUGUCCUGUAUAUAUGGUCUUAAUAUAAAGUCUAAAAUGCUUUAUAUGAGAGAGAAUAGUUAGAUACUGUUUAAAUAUUUUUGACUAAUUCUUUUUCGAGUCAUAUUUGUAUUUUAACAAAGUUUUCAACAGUUCUCCAUCGGAUUCCUGUAGAGAUGAAAGGCCACUUCCACGUGCAACAAGAAAUCCUCAAAUCGUGGAAAAAUUUGUCAUUCUGAUUUGGGAUAGUUUCUUCUCUGAACUAUCGCUGCUUAUAUCCACUUUAUUUUUCACCGUUUGAAAGAAAGACAAUUCAAAUACGCUUUACGACAGUUGGCAAAACUACAAACUUACCUGCAAGGAUUACUUUACAAGUGUGAAUAUAAAAUUGUAAUUAGUUAAGUUCGUCAAACGACAAACAAAUCUACAACCAGUUUGAUUGAACUAUAAUAACCUUAUAAUAGUACGUUUCCACUACGUACUUAGUAAGCUUCAUUUACUGAGUAAAUUGCAUUAGCCAUACAAAGAGUUUCCGUGCUUUUUCAUUUACUAUAAAAUAUAGUAAACAAAAUUCGACC